AUGACAACCAACACAACUAGCAACUGCAACUUCACAAGUUUCCAACUCUACUACCCCAUUUAYCUCCUCGAAUUAACUCUUUAUAGCAUCAUUUUCUUUUUUGGAGCAAUUUUCAACGCCCUCGCCCUGUGGGUGUUCUUCUACAAAGUCAAGAGGUGGACAGAAACCAGGGUCUAUGUGCUCAAUUUGGUCUUUGCAGACUGCUCCGUUAUCUGCACCUUGCCGCUAAUGGUCUACCUACGCUGGAACAGGUCAGUGCGAGAUGAACUCUGCCAGGCUGCAGAAGCCAUGUAUUUUAUCAACAUGGAAGUGAGCAUCUACAUCAUUUUAUUCAUCUCGCUCGACCGAUACGUUGCCAUAAAGCACCCCCUGAAAGCCAAGGCCUUGAGGUCUCCAGCGAAGGCCGCGCUUCUCUGCGGACUCCUUUGGGUGUCCACCAUAGUAGCCACAGCCCUACAACUGAGACAGAGACAGGCCAGCUUCUGCUUUCAGAAGGACACAASCUAUCCACUUGUCCUGAGCCUGGUUUCCCUUCUCUUCAUUUUUACUCUGCCAUUAAUCACCUUGACCUUUUGCUCCAUUGACAUCAUCAGGAAUUUGAAGAGAAGGUUGAACACCAACUCCCCAGAGAAUCAAUUAAUCCRCAAAGCUAUUUAUGUUAUUUACACAAAUAUGGCUGUAUUUUUAAUAUGCUUUCUCCCAGCCUACCUUGGCAUACUUACCAUGUUCAUAAUGGAAAACACUGGAGCUACUUGCAGCACGAUCCGGGUUAUGAGGAACUUGUCCUCCGUGACAAGGUGCAUCGCCACCUCUAACUGCUGCCUGGAUAGCAUUUGCUAUUAUUUUGUGACCAAAGAAUUCCAGGAGGCCCUUUCUCUGCCCAAGCACAGCGGGGACAAAACAAAUCCAGGCCACCUUUCUCAGAUACAKACUGCCUAA